AUGGCUUCGCACUGCGCGGCUGUGACGCGGAGAUUGGGCCUCGUGCUCGCUGUGACUGCUCUCAUGCUCUCAGCCUGUGCGCCCAGGGCUGCCGCCGGUCGCCAGCCAGCUGCAAGCAACGGCGCGGCCAGCAGCCUGCAGCAAACCAUUGCCCGUCUCCUUGGCCUCACUCCUUCAAAGGACAAGCCUCCGGCAGACCCGUGUGUGGCGAAAAAGUGUGGCGCCAAUGCGGUGUGCGUGAAGGACAAGGGCGCCGCCAGCUGCGCCUGCAACGUUGGAUUCUCCAUGACCCCCACCGGCUGUGUUGUUGCUGACCCAUGCGUGCUCAAGGCGUGUGGCGUCAACGGCAAGUGCAUCAAGGACAGUGCUGGAGUGGCAUCCUGCGUGUGCAACACUGGCUUUUUGCUGCAGGCUGACAAGACUACAUGCAGCGACACUUGUGCGCUCAAGAAGUGUGUUGGUAAAUCCAAGUGCGUGAAGAGCGCUGCAGGAGUGGCGUCCUGCGUGUGUGACACUGGCUUCGCGCUGCAGCCCGAUGGCGUCACAUGCACCACGUCCCCUCACUCGCCCAACUCCCUCUCCUCUUCCCCCUUUUCCCCAGACACAUGCGCGCUCAAGGCGUGUGGCAGCAACGGCAAGUGCAACAAGGACAGUGAUGGAGUGGCGUCCUGCGUGUGUGACUCUGGCUUCGCACUGCAGGCUGAUGGCGUCACAUGCACCGCCGACACAUGCGCACUCAAGGCGUGUGGCAGCAACGGCAAGUGCACCAAGGACAGUGCUGGAGUGGCUUCCUGUGUGUGCGACACUGGCUUCGCACUGCAGGCUGAUGGCGUCACAUGCACCGACACAUGUGUUGUCAAGGGGUGUGGCGGCAACGGCACGUGCACCAAGGACGUUGCUGGAGUGGCGUCCUGCGUGUGCAACACUGGCUUUGUGCUGCAGGCUGACAAGGUUACAUGCACUGGUAUGUGCCAGGAGCGUGUCGAGGCUUGUCAUUUGGGCAGCCCUUUCCCAUAUCUAACCCUCGCUCGCUCAACCCCCCUUACCCUCCCAACUCCCUCCCCUCUGCCCCCCCUUCAUCCAGACACAUGCGCGCUCAAGGCGUGUGGAAGCAACGGCAAGUGCACCAAGGACAGUGCUGGAGUGGCGUCUUGUGUGUGUGACACUGGCUUCGCACUGCAGGCUGAUGGCGUCACAUGCACUGACUCAUGUGUUGCCAAGGGGUGUGGCGGCAACGGCACGUGCAGCAAGAACGUUGCUGGAGUGGCGUCCUGCGUGUGCAACACUGGCUUUGUGCUGCAGGCUGAUGGCGUCACAUGCACCGACAAAUGUGCACUCAAGGCGUGUGGCGUCAACGGCAAGUGCACCAAGGACAGUGCUGGAGUGGCGUCCUGUGUGUGCGACACUGGCUUCGCUCUGCAGGCUGAUGGCGUCACAUGCACCGACACAUGUGUGCUCAAGCAGUGUGGCGGCAACGGCACGUGCAUCAAGUCCCUUGGAGUGGCGUCUUGCUUGUGCAACCCCGGCUUUGUUCUUCAGGCCGACGGUUCCACAUGCACUGAUACGUGCGUCAUCAAGAACUGUGGUGCCAAUGCGAAUUGUGUGAAGGACGCUCAAGGCGUUGCAUCCUGUGUUUGCAAAACGGGCUUCCAGAAGGUGUCAGGCAUUUGCACUGACACCUGCACGAUCAAGAACUGUGGUGCAAACGGCCAGUGCAGCAAGAACCCCACUACUGGAGCAGCGACCUGUGUGUGUGACACUGGCUUCGUGCUGCAGGCUGAUGGCGUCACAUGCACCGACGCAUGUGUUGUGAAGGGGUGUGGCGGCAACGGCACAUGCAGCAAGAACGUUGCUGGAGUGGCGUCUUGCACUUGCAACGCUGGCUUUGUUCUUCAGGCCGACGGUUCCACAUGCACUGAUACGUGCGUCAUGAAGAACUGUGAUGCCAAUGCUAAUUGUGUGAAGGACGCUCAAGGCGUUGCAUCCUGUGUUUGCAAGACGGGCUUCCAGAUGGUGAACGGCGCUUGCACUGACACCUGCACGAUAAAAAACUGUGGUGCGAACGGCCAGUGCGUCAAGAACCCCACUACUGGAGCAGCGUCCUGUGUGUGUGACAAUGGCUUUACGCUGCAGGCAGAUGGCAAGACGACUGGGCGGCUCCUGAAAACUGCGUUGAUAAGUGCUAUUACUAUGGGUGUGCCCCGGGACAGACGUGCAUGUUCAAUCAGUACAAUGGGGACCCAUACUGUGAUGGCAUGCCCCAAAUCUUUGAUUUCCUGUAAGAUGCUCUCACACCCAUCAGCCACUCCUUUCAACCCAUCAGCCACUCCCGUCAUCCCAUCAGCCACUCCAGUCAUCCCAUCAGCCACUCCAGUCAUCCCAUCAGCCACUCCAGUCAUCCCAUCAGCCACUCCUGUCAUCCCAUCAGCCACUCCUGUCAUCCCAUCAGCCACUCCUGUCAUCCCAUCACCCACUCCCGUCAUCCCAUCAGCCACUCCCGUCAUCCCAUCAGCCACUCCUCCAGCUGUUGUUUCUUGCGAAAGGGGCACUUGA